AUGGAUGGAGGACACCUUCUGUCACUGGAUUUUGAGACACAAGAGAUUAAGUAUCUUAAUAUAAUUGGAUAUAAGUAUAAUUUUGUUGAUGCUUACAUUGAGAGUCUAGUUUUGCUCGACAAAUCUGCCAAGAAUGAAGUUACUGAGGAAAAUAGGAUUCUCAGUCUUGCCUUGCGUGGCUCUCAAAACUCUCUACCCGUGGUUGAGGUUUACUCACUCUCCACCGGUGAAUGGAGAAUACUUAGUGAUAAUGCUUCUCUGCCUCCUGUAUGUGGCAUGCUUCGUCAUGAGCGACAGGUAUUUGCCAAUGGGGCACUGCACUGGCUUGCUUCCAGAAAUAUUAAUGAUUACAAAAGUCGUUUUAUUUUGGUUUUCGACUUGGGGGAUGAGGUGUUCCGCGAAAUACUGCUGCCAGAACUGCCAAGUUAUACCAGUGAAAAUGCGAAUAUGAUGUGGACUUCAAUUUCUGCAUAUGGAAAUUCCAUUGCCGCGUUUCAACAAGGGAUAAGGAGUGGUAAGCUCAAUAUAUGGGUGAUGAGAGAGUACGGUGUUGCAUCGUCGUGGACAAAAUUUUCACAUCAAUGUCUAAAAUUGGAACUGGCCAAACCAUGUCCAGUUGGCUUUAGGAGUAAUAGUGAGGUUGUAAUGCGAAAUUAUAGUGGAGGGCUCGUCUCGUGGAAUCUAGAUACCCAAAAGAUUAAGGGUAUUGAAAUUAACGGAUAUUUCUGUAAUUUCGUGGUUUCUUAUGUUGAGAGUCUAGUUUUACUUGACAAAACCGCCAAUGGUGUAGUUACAUAA